AUGGCUCUGCUUUCGGCAGCAGAGCUCCGUGAGGAGCUGAAGCACUUUGCCAGCACCGCCAUCCGAGAAGAGUUGGCUGCGCUGAAGGAGAGCCUCAUCAGCGAGUUGCGGGGCGCUGAAAGAGAGCAGGCCGAACCGAGCCGGAAGCUGGUCCUCGAGGCUCAUCAUGGCGCGGCCCCGGGCGAGGUCCCCGCCGCCAGCUCCUCCCCAAGGGACGCUUCGCUGCUGGUAGACCAGAAAGAAGCAGCGGUGAUGCGGGACGUGACAGGCAGUGUGCGAUACAUGGGUCUUCAUGGCGGCCAAGAGAAUGAUGGACGAAACAAGUCGAGGUGUUCUGGUUUCAUGAUGUACUGCUCGGACAUCAUCCACAAUCCUUACUUCGAAAUGCUGAGCGCCUGGCUUGUUGUUCUGAAUGCGGUUUGGAUCGGCGUCAGCACAGACUGGGUGGCCCGGAACUGGACCACCACUGUUCCAGAUUGGUUCCACUACACCGACUGGCUGUUUUGCGUGUUUGCCGUCGUGGAGCUGUUCAUCCGCUUCGGUGCCCAAGGAAUCGCCUUCUUCUACGAGGACCAGUGGCGGUGGAACUUGUUUGACACCGUGGUGGUGUCUACUCAAGUUGCCGAUCUUGCUGUGAGCGUGAUCGAGCGCUCUGAGUCCUUCAGCGAGGCGGCCAGCCAACGAACCAUUCAAGGUCUCAGGGUGCUGAAACUCGUUCGCAUCUUGCGCAUUGCGCGCAUCGCCUCAGCCUUUCCUGAGCUUCACAUCUUGAUCAGCUCCAUCAUUGACUCACUCCAGUCUCUCUUCUGGACCAUGGUCCUGAUAUUCGCCUGCCUCUACGGCGUCGCCGUGGUGAUCACGCAGGUCGUCUCAGACCACAAGAUCGCAAUGGGCCGAGAAGUCAUGGAGCAGCACCAAGAGGAGAUGCUUCACUUCUUUGGGUCCUUGGACUCGACGAUGGUGGCUCUCUACAUGGUGAUCUCUGAAGGAAUUCAUUGGAGUGAGCUCAUGAACCAGCUGGAGGAGACAUUGGGUAGUUGGGUCAAGCUCCUCUUUGUAGCCUUCACAGGCUUCGAGCUCUUUGCGAUGAUGAACAUCAUCACCGCCUGCUUCGUGGACUCCGCCAUGAAAGUCGCAGCGAAAGCCGAGACGAAGGAGGUUCUAGACUCUUUGUGGGGCCUGCUGUGCCAGGAUGCGGCCAGAGAUGUCGACACCGACGAGAAGAUCGUGACCAGGGAGCAGUUCAUCGCUGCCUACGGCCACGAGAGCAUGCGGAAGUUCUUGGACCUGAUCAACGCACACACCGAAGAUCCAGACCACGUCUUCUCCAUGAUCGACAGGGAUGGCGAUGGCUCCCUGACGGCUCCGGAGUUUCUUGUUUGCUGCGAGCGCCUCAUGGGCCCCUCCAAGGCCAGCAUGAUCGUGAAGAUUGCAAACGAAGCACGCCAGCUUGCGAUGCAGCAGGACAAAGUUCUCAAGCAAGUGGCUGCUGACUUCAAAGCAGGGCAUCAAGAGAUUCUGAGCAUCCUUGGGCAGAGAGGUUCCUCCAGAUAG